AUGGGGGAGUCAGGUGAGACGGAAUGGGAGGACCGGCGGCGGGCUGCAGCCCAGCAGUGCCAGAGCCAAAGGUGCCCCCCAAGUUCCCGGGCCCAACUCACUAGGCCGCGCUGCUCCUGCCGGGACCCAGCUGUGCACAAUGCCCUGUUCUCCGGUGACCUGCAGCAGAUCCAAGCCCUGUUCCAAGAUGAAGAUGCUGCCAACAUGAUUGUGGAGACUGUGAGCAACCAGCUGGCCUGGUCAGCUGAACAGGGGUUCUGGGUGCUGACCCCCAAAGCCAAGCAUACGGCACCCCUCACCAUCGCUGCUGCCCGAGGCUACACCGACUGUGCCCGCUACCUGAUCCGGCAGGGAGCUGAGCUGGACGCCCGGGUUGGGGGCCGGGCCGCCUUGCACGAGGCCUGUGCCCGGGCCCAGUCCGACUGUGUGCACUUGCUGCUGACCUUUGGCGCCAAGGUCAACGUGUUGUCUGAGGAAGGCACGACCCCCUUGCACCUCUGCACAACCCCUGAGUCCUUACAGUGCGCCAAGCAGCUGCUGGAGGCGGGAGCAACCGUGAACUUGGCGGUGCAGGACAGCGAGGUGACGCCCCUGCACGUGGCGGCGGUACGAGGCCUGGAGCAGCACGUGGCUCUCUACCUGGAGCACGGCGCCGACGUGAAUCUGCGCACCAGCCAGGGCGAGACGGCCCUGAACGCCGCGUGCGCGGUCCUGGAAGCUGGGGCAGAUGCCCGGGCGGCAGGGCGCAAGCGCCACACGCCGCUGCACAACGCCUGUGCCAAUGGCUGCGGGGUCCUGGCCGAGCUGCUGCUGCACCACGGGGCCUGCGCUGCAGUUCCCAACGAGGCGGGCCACACGCCCAUGGACUGCGCGCUGCAGGCCGUCCAGGACGCCCCCAGCUGGGAGCCCGAGAUCCUCUUCGCUGCACUGCUGGACUACGGGGCCCAACCUGUGCGCCCUGAGAUGCUGAGACACUGUGCCAACUUCCCUCGAGCCCUGGAAGUCCUGCUUAAUGCCUACCCUUGUGUCCCAUCCUGCGAUACCUGGGUUGAGGCAGUGCUUCCAGAGCUGUGGCAGGAGCACGAAGCCUUCUACAGCUCGGCCCUGGGCAUGGUGAAUCAGCCGAGGCGGCUGCAGCACCUGGCCCGGCUGGCUGUACGUGCUCAGCUGGGUAGCGGCUGCCGACAGGCUGCCGCCCGCCUCCCCCUGCCCCCGCUCCUCAGGGACUACCUGCUGCUGCGUGUGGAGGGGUGUAUCCAGUGAGCCCCGUGCCCAGCUGCUCCCAGAGCUUGUCCUGCCCCCUCCAUCAGCUGUCCCCCGCAACCCUGGAGGACCAGUCCCUGGCUUCUUAUCCACACUCUGCAUGUCCUCUGGGGCCAGCUCAUCCCUCUACUGGCUUCUUGAGCCACCUGCUGACCUCCAGCUCGACCUGAACUUCAGCUCCUCUCUCCCAUGGGAAGGUCUGCAGACUCAGCCUUUGCCCGCAUCCUCCUCCUUUGCCUAAGUGGAUGAGGGUCCCUCCAUCCAGGCAGGCCCCAAGCCAGGAGGAAGUGAUCCUUGUUGCCCCCUCUCCCCUGCUACCUAUGUACCUGUUCAGACUCCUAAAGAGUGGCAGACUCUGCCUCUAGCUGUACUGCCAAUGCCCGUCCUGCUUUUGUCACUUCAGGGGAGGACUUCACUGACUGGUCUUGAAACCCAUGCCCUGCAAGGAUGUUGGAACCAUCUUUGGGAAUCAGAACUCUGAUCAUGCC